CUGUCUGUAACCUGCAUGCUGCCGCUGCUCGUGCACAAGGAUUUGAAAGCUGUUCAGACCCGUGGAACAGCGUGUUUAGUGAGCUGCGACAGCGUUCAAGACAGGCUCACCGUUCUUCAUCCAUCGGCCGUACCACCCCCCGACCACGACCACUAUUCAGGUUUCUAGCAGCCUGCCAUUGUGAAGCUGACGAUUCGAUUCCCCGAGAAGCCGCGCCCGUAUAAUACCUCGCUCUUGCCAUGUCCGCCUGCUGAAGCGUCUCUUGUUGUACAUCGCUGCCCUCGAAUUCCACCUUAGGCAUUCAUUGUUGGUAUCGAUACGGCAUCUCAGGUACCGAGCGUCAGCGCGAACACCUGAAUAGCGCAGGAGGAGAGCCACGAGUCGCAAAAGUGUAGGUGCACUACACACAUACUAUACACAUACUAUACACAAAGGAUGGCGGGCAUGGAGAACAUCGAAGUGCAUAGCAAGUCGUACCUUGUCCGCUGGGUCAACGUCUCUGCAGGCCACACCAUCUCCUGGAGCAUACAACCGCACAAGAAGUCGCUGAACUUUGGCAUCUUCAAGCACCCCGGCAAUGCAAGCGGCGCAACCCCGAACCUGCCCUCCGACACCACUUUCGAGAAUGGCCCCUCUGCGCCCGCGCUAGAGGUACCUGUCGGCUACACACGAGCACGCGGCGCGUCAACUUCACGAAAUGAGAGAACUUUUGUGCUGGAGAAGCUGUCAGCCAUUGGGCUGAAGCAGGUACAUUGGCAGGGGAAAUGUGAGGCCGACCUGGUGUCUAUGGGGACCUACGAUGUCCCGCAGGGCGAGGGCGGCAUGUAUGGCCUGGUAUUCGACAACACCUUCUCCAAGACGGUGUCAAAGACAGCGACCUUCGUUCUCAUGACGUAUCCCACCAAUGCACCGCCCAAGUCUGGUCACCACAUGCACUACGCCCAGGCAAUGGCAGGCGCCAGCUCCACCAGCCUCACUAAGUCGAGCCCCUCCAUGGGCCCCGUCGAAUCGUCUGAGUCGCUGCCACAACAACUCGCAGAGCGUCCGCGCUCUAUGCAUGACAGACCAAAACAAGCUAGCGUCUCUAGCUCGUCGUUCAUGACCGGUGUACUGCAGAAGAAGAGGCGGAAGAGGAACCAGGGACAUGCUAGGCGCUUCUUCUCGCUCGACUUCACUACCUCGACCCUCUCGUACUACCGAAACAACCACUCAUCAGCUUUGCGCGGAGCCAUACCUCUGUCCCUCGCAGCCAUUGGCGCAAACGAGGAGACAAGAGAAAUAUCAGUUGACUCUGGGGCUGAGAUCUGGCACCUCAAAGCAAACAAUGCGGCGGACUUCGUCAAGUGGAGAGACGCGCUCGACAAGGCUUCACGGUCAGCAGUCGCCACAGCAUCACCUACCUUGCAGAUCAAGGAAAGUCCUUUCCAGGCUUCCACCUACACUCAAAACGCUGUAGAGGACAACGAGUGGGCUAGGGUCGAGACGCUAGUGAGCAGGCUUACAGGCUCACGGGAUGCUGUUCGAAGGCUGGCCCAGGAUACAGACCCCAAGUAUGGCGCAUCGACAGCUGCUUCGUCAGGAGCAUUGACGAGCAAGCUGAAUGAAAGCCUGUCUCCUUCGCCAUCGGAGGAGUCGAAUGACUACUUCCCUGAGGCGGGCGCUCCAGAACGUAAGGCUUUCUGGAAGCGCAAGGCCAGCAGCUCUGGACAAAGUCCUUCUGGCAUGUUCAGGAGAAGCGUAUCUGCACAAGUAGGUGUUGCUUCGCCUGGCGCUGUUCCUCCGGUACCUCCUCUACCCGCGAACAUCAACGGCGCUCUUGCAGUUCCAAAGCGCAACAGUCGUGCGAACAACAGCUCUUCCUUACAAGAGGACAGCAUUCACGACCACUGUAUGGCUUUGCUGCGAGAUCUCGAUUAUGUCGUAAGAGAGUUCUCAGAUCUCAUCAAUCAGAGCAAAGAGAGGCGAAGAUCAGCACCUCUCUCUGCGGUGCCCUCCCGUCACAGCAUCGACUCACAAGAGUCUGCAGACGAGUUCUUCGAUGCGGAGGGUGGCGAUGGGUCCAAGUCAAACUUGCUUGCCAUUAGACGGGACAGCGAGGAGGUUGAGCAGAGACAAGAUGACGAGAGCUCAGAUGACGGGUCAGAGUCAUCAUCAGAGCACGAAGCAGCUGGUGUCAUUGAGCGGGCGCGCUUCUCGAUGGACCAGGCACCCUCACUCUUCCCCUCCAAGCCAACCUCACUCGCUCCGCUACCUCUCGACCCUGUCAAGCGCAGGAACGUCAUCCAAGCACCUAAGGUACACCCACCAAGCCUGAUUGCGUUCUUACGAAAGAACGUCGGUAAGGACUUAUCCACCAUCGCUAUGCCUGUGUCAUCCAACGAGCCCACAUCAGCCCUGCAACGGCUAGCUGAGCAGCUCGAAUACAGCGAACUUCUCGACGCAGCUGCAUCCGCAUCCUCCGACACCGGCGAACGCCUCGUCUACAUGGCCACUUUCGCCAUCUCCGCCUUCAGCAACAGCCGCGUCAAAGAACGUGCAAUCCGCAAACCUUUCAACCCCAUGCUCGGCGAAACCUACGAGCUCGUGCGCGAAGACAAAGGCUACCGCUUCAUCGCGGAGAAGGUCGUCCACCGCCCGGUCCGCAUGGCCUGCCAAGCCGAAGCGAAGGAAUGGACAUUCAUCCAAUCUCCCACACCCGUCCAGAAGUUCUGGGGCAAGAGCGCGGAACUCAACACCGAUGGUCGCGUGCGCAUCUUCCUCCACAACAGCAAUGAACACUACUCCUGGAGCAUCGCGACCUCAUACCUUCGUAACGUCAUUGCAGGCGAGAAGUACAUCGAGCCCACGGGCACAAUGACCAUCAUUAAUGAGGUCACCGGCGCAAAGGCCGUAUGCACGUUCAAAGCUGGUGGCAUGUUCGCUGGCCGUUCUGAAGAUGUGAGCGUACAAGUUUUCGACGGCACGGGCUCGGUGCUACCGAUGGGUGCAGUUGGAAAGUGGACUACGGAUCUGCAGUUCACAUCGAACGGCCAGCCUACGGGGAAGAACGUGUGGAAGGCUGGUCCGCUUGUUGAAAAGCCUGAGAAGCAUUACGGAUUCACUUCUUUUGCUGCUGCGCUGAACCAGAUCACGCCUAUUGAGGACAAGCAUACACCGCCUACUGACUCGAGACUUCGUCCUGAUCAGAGAGCUUGGGAAGAUGGCGAUCUGGAUAAGGCGGAGGCGCUGAAAGCCAGGCUUGAGGAGAGACAGAGGGCGAGGAGACGCGUUAUGGAAGAGCAUGGUGAAGAGUGGAAACCGAGAUGGUUUACGAAGGUUGGGGCUCAGGAAGCGGCUACGUUGGGUGAUGAGGAAGUAUGGCGCUUGAAGGGUGGGAAGGAUGGUUAUUGGGAAAGCAGAGAGGCAGGACGGUGGGAUGGGGUUGUUGAUGUUUUCCAAGCUUGAGAGUUUUGGACAAUGUGGUGUAGGUGGGAGAUACACAUGAGUAGACAUGAGAAUUGAUCAC